AUGAAGUUGAAUUUGGCCACUGGCCUCAUCUGCUUGCUCGCUUCCACUGAAGCAGUCGCAGCUUCUAGCUGGUGGAGCAAGGCUAUUUACAAUAAAUGGCAUGAGACUGAGCUUGAGCGAUGGCUCUCGGACCACAAUAUCCCCCAUCCCAGUCCUGCCGACCGCCGCGACCUGGAGAACCUGGUCAAGACCAAUUGGGAUAACAAAGUGCAGAAGCCUCUUGGACAAGCUGCCGAUAACUUCAACCAUGAGCUUCACCAUGCUAGAGAAUGGAUCUUUGAUAGUUGGUCCGACUCUCAGCUGAAGGCAUUCCUUGAUCGCCACGGCAUUCCUGCCCCCCAGCCCCGCAGACGCGACCUUCUGAUCAAGACCGCGCGUGAGAACUACGAGAUGGUCGCAACCAAGGUUGGUGAAGCGGCUUCCUACCCCGGAGACUGGCUGUAUUCAGAGUGGUCCGACUCGGAUCUUAAGGAAUGGCUCGACGAGCGUGGAUGGCCGGUGCCCCAGCCGACUACCCGUGACCAGCUCAUUGCUUCUGUUCGCCGCAACUCGCGCAUCAUCAGCUUGCAGUCCCAGAGCGUUGCUGCAUCUGCAUCCGCUGAGGCUGAGGCUGCCAAGGAGACACUGAGUGAUCAGCUUUUCAACGCCUGGUCCGACUCCAAGCUGAAGGAAUUCCUCGACGAGCACAAUGUCAAGGUACCCCAGGGCUCAAAGCGCAAUGAACUCAUUGCUCUUGCCCGGAAAAAUCGGCACUAUCUUUCUGGUCAGGUGGCAAGUGCCUCCUCCGCCGUGGAGGAUGCUUUUGGUGCUGCCACCACUAAGGCUGGAAACGAAUAUGCACGCGCUACCGAUUUUGCCAAGCUGAAGAUUGAGGAUGCUUUCGAAACUGCGUUGAGUGGCUGGUCUAACUCCCGCCUGAAGGCGUUCCUUGAUGCCCGAGGCAUCCCCGUCCCUCAGAAUAGCAAGCGUGAUGAGCUCACCGCGAAAGUCCGCGCCAACGCCCACAAAGCUGCCGGUGGAUGGAACCAGUAUAACUUCGAUACUUGGGAUAAAGAACACCUGCUGAAAUACCUAUCUUCCGUGAACCACAAGGCUGUGGAGCAGAUCGAUGCCUCCCGCGAAGAGCUUAUCAAGCAAGCCCAGGACUACUACACUAAGGCUUCUCAAGCUGGCGGCGAACAGUUAGCCUCUGCGACCGCUGCCCUUGCUCAGGCGACUGGCACAGCCAAGGACUCUACUUUCGACCAAUGGUCGCAAUCCGAGCUCAAGCGAUACUUGGACAACUACGGUGUUCCUACCUACCAAGGCUCGAAUAUCAAUGAGCUCCGAGCUGCGGCCCGGCGCAACGCCCAGUACUUCAAGUACGGCACCACAAACCCGCAACAGACUAUCUACUCCAGGAUUAUGGAUACUGUGCACUGGGUUAUGGAGCAGUUGAAGAUAGGCGCUGCGAGCGGUCGCGCACAAGGCACUGAAGCUGCCGAAAAAGUCCAGAAGAAGGUCGCCGAGCAAACGGAGAGAGUGCGUGAAGAACUCUGA